GUGGCGAAUUUCUUGUGCUUCCAUCUGUGCACACCCUUUGUGGGUGGUCUGUGCCUCACUAUUCUCUGGGCUCGUCUCUCCAAAGCCGGACUUCUGGUCGGCUACUUCGCAAGCGUUGGAGCCGCACUCAUCAUCCGUUUUGUGCUUGAGAAAGAGUCUUCAUUGGAGAAUAAGCAUAUCCAGCUAAUAGGAUUGGGAGUUGCAUUAGCAAGUGGAUUUCUGCUACCUGUGCUGAUCACCCUAAUCACCACCAAACCUCUCUCACUGGAGGCAGCACUUGGCGUGUGGAACUGCGUUCAGGAGAUUGACAACCCUCUUAUUCCGUGGCCUGAGGUCUUCACUCGGUAA